GUCAGAUUGCGGCGAAUAGUCGCGCACUCGCGUUCGUUCAGUUGCUCCGCAUUAUCGUGAAUGGAACGACUUUAGUUUUCAAAUCCGCGCUCUUUUUUUCGAGGCCAAAUAGUGGGUGGAAGUGGAUCGAUAGUUGUUACAGCCUGAUCGAGUGCGGAUUUUUAACAUUAAAUCAGUCAUAACCAAUUGGAUACUAUCAUGGACAGAACAUCGAGAAUUCUACUCAGGAAGAUUAUAAUCGACAUCGUCUGCCUCUGCCUCGUGGGAUUCUCAGUGCUAGGUUUUUACUUGUUUGGUAAGCCAUACUCUCGUGGAUUCUUCUGCGACGAUGAGUCGAUCAAUCAUCCAUUCAAGCCCUCAACGGUGACGAGUUCAAUGCUGUAUGCGGUGGGAAUAUUUCUACCCGUGUGUGCAAUGCUAGUUGGUGAAUAUCUUUACGCAAGAAACAGCAAUGGGCCAUCGUCGAUUAUGCUAUUUGGCAAGGUGAUACCUCCAUGGGUGUCAUUGGCCUACAAUAAGAUCGGCCUAUUCGGAUUUGGAGGUGUAGCAUCGCAACUGACGACCGACAUAGCCAAGUACACGAUUGGACGAUUACGCCCACAUUUCAUGGACGUAUGCAAGCCAAACAUCGACUGUUCACUUCCCCAGUAUCAAAACGUGUACAUAACUAAUUUCACCUGUACAUCAACCACCUCAACCGUGAGAAUGCUCAAAGAAGCCAGACUGUCAUUUCCAUCAGGCCACUCCUCGUUCUCGGCUUACGCGAUGGUCUAUCUCGCAUUGUACCUGCAACUGAGGAUAACGUGGAAGGGAAGUAAACUUCUUAAAAAUGUGCUGCAAUUGAUGUGCCUGUGGAUGGCGUGGUUCACAGCUAUGUCUAGGGUUUCUGAUUACAAACAUCAUUGGAGUGACGUUUUGGUUGGACAGCUACUGGGAAUUGUGGCUGCUCUCAUUAUGGUUUUCGCAGUUGCGGAUUUUUUCAAAGAGAGACGCUCCACCUCUCCCUCAAUAGGCACGACAACGCACCCCGAGAAAAUGACGACGUUGGAUUACGACGUCGAGCCUGGCAUGCAGACUCUGUUCCCGCUGACGAGCCCAGUCUCCGGGACAACAACACCCUCGCCCACCAACAAGUGAGACUGAUAAAUCCCCUCCGACUGAUGGCAAACGUCUGGUCUUUCAUUACUUCAUGAAACUUGGUGGAGUUCGUCGGCGUUUGAUGUCGAGCCGACAACGGGGUGACAUUUCCCCUCGGGACAUCACUCGAUUCAGUCGCUGAUUCCAUCAUCAUCUUGGGGACAUCUGAAUUUUAUUUAUAAUUCUUAACGCUUACUGGCUUUCAUACCACCCAAAAGUCUGCGUUUUUCGUUUUUCACUCGUUUCUGUUUCUUCGUAUCCAAUUACUGUCCAAUCACGCUAGCUACGAAAUCCACGUGUUCAUCGUGAUUUUUUUUUUAUAGUUUUAAGUUUUAGUUGGACCUUUUUCCAUGUAUUAUUGUACAUAUGAUUUUAAUUUCCUGGCAAUGCGUACGAGUCUUUUGUGCUUGUUGUAUGUAAUUACUCGUGCUAUGGUUUUAAUCUUCUGCGCACCAUCUUUGAGAGAUGUUCAAAAGACUAGUAUUAUUUUGUACCUUUGCUGGUAGUAUUAGAUUAUUUUUACGCAGAGCUAUUUAUUUCAGAUUAUUGUUAAUCAAUAGAUUGUUACGAAUAGUUUUAUUCACGAGUUAUUAUUGAUUAUUUGUUUUAUGGAAUGCACUAACGGUGGAUAAAUAUGGAUUGUCGUGCAAAGAUGAGAAUUGAGAUGCAAAGUGACAGUCACGUGAGCCACUAAUUUUAUAACUCCAACGGGUCGUCACAAAUUAUUUGUAAAUAAAUUGCUGUCGAACCAUCUAUGUAGAUGCAUAAUGACGGUCAUAACUAAUUUCUGAAUUGUAAUGGUUUUAAACAAAAAAAGGUUUAUCUGUAUAGACGAUAAAUGGCCGUGAUUUUCGAAUACGAAAUUAAUUCUAAUGAGAAUUAAUAAAGAAAAUAUGAAGUUCCAUCUAUAUAGAUGAAAGAUGUAUGUCAUUCUUUCUUGGAAAAUUGUGACGGUCUGGGGGGGGGGGAAUUGUGACCGUCAUAUAACGGGUCAUGUGACGCAUUUGCAUCUCUAGAUGAGGUUCAUGACCACAACUGUUUUCAUUUUCCCUAGGGAGGAAAUAAUUUUGGAGAUGCAAAAUGACAGUUUUGUGGGCCACAAAUUUUCCAACUCCAACGGAUGGUCACAAAUUAUUUGCAAAUAAAUUGUUGGCAAACCAUCUGUGUAGAUGCAUAAUGACGGUCAUAACUAAUUUCUAAAUCGUGACGGUUUUAAAUAAAAAAAAUUUAUCUGUACAGAUGACAAUGGUCAUUUUCAUUUCAAAAUGCGCAUUAGGCUAAUACGAAAUUAAGUCUAAUGAGCAUUGCUAAAAAAAUAUGAAGUUCCAUCUAUGCAGAUGUAAAAUGUAUGUCAUUCUUUCUUGGAAAAUUGUGACGGUCUGGGGGGGAGGGAAUUGUGACCAUCAUAUAACGGGUCAUGCGACGCAUUUGCAUCUCUAAAUGAGAUUCAUGACCACAACUGUUUUCAUUUUCCCUAGGGAAGGAAAUUACUUUUUUAGAUAAUUCUUAUAUAUUUGAUAUCGAUAUGUGUAUAGUUGGGGUUGAUCGAAUAUUAUCGUACUGUGGAAUUUAUAUUUUUAUGCCUCGAGGCCUUGGAAGUUUUGUACUAAAAAAAAUGUAACACGUUGUAAUGUAUUUCGAAAUCCGGUCGUGGUACGACGAUUUGAUACGAUAACAAACGUUGAUAAAUUCUUGUAUAUAAAUUCUGAUGAGAAACUGACUUCGAA